UUGGAUGAUCAAUUCACUUUCCGCGUUUGUGUUACUACCAGACUACCACCACUCGCUCAACUAUCAGUUACCUGCAAAACCCUAACAAACCCUUCGGUUGUUUAACGUACCAAGACCUAGAGCAGUUCGGCCGGCGAUGGAAGAGACGGAGGCGGAGCUUAUAGUCGGAGAACCACCGAAGAUUCCGACUGAGCCACCUCAACUGCCUCGAAAAUCGGUGCUUGAAAUGUCAGCGGACGAGCUGGUGGCGAAAUCUAUAGUUCCGGUGAAGAAGGAAUAUAUAUGUCCUGUACCUAUCAGACUUGGUAGUGAUAACAAUGGACCAUCAGGCGACGCUGUUCCUGCCUCCACCACCGCCUCUGCACGACCUGUUAGUAAGGAGAAGAAAUCGAAAAGACAGCUCAAGAGAGAACGAAAUCAGGAAAAACAAUCAACACGUAAUCUCUGUCCUAUGGUUGCUAAGACAGGAAAAGCAGAUUCAUGUCCUUAUAACGAUAAGUGUCGUUUUAGCCAUGACAUUGAAGCAUUUAAGGAUCAGAAACCUGCUGAUUUGGAAGGAAACUGCCCUUUUGAGGGUGAUGAAGGUCCAUGCCCCUAUGGAUUAGGUUGUAGAUUCUUAGGUACACAUACAACUACUGAAGUUGCUAGUGGAAUUCCAAAGGGAAAUAAAUACUCUGAAAUCAAUGGACUGAAGAAAGAUGUCCAAAGGCUAUUGUGGAAGAACAAAAUGAAGUUCCCUAAGGCAGAUGCUGAACUCAAAGUCCUUGGUUUAAUGGGCCCAACAAAAUCAAAAAAGACACCCUCGACUAAUAACGAAGAAGAAAAUCAAACGGUUUCAAAUGAUUCCCAUGUCACAAAUGAGAAUGGUUGUGGUGAAAUGAACGAGUGCUCUCUAGAAGCUACCGAGAAAGCCGAAGGAAAUAAUAGUGGUGAUGAUCCUCGACCCCAAAAGAGAGGAAAACCAUUAAACGAUCAAACUUCUGAAGUCAAUGGAGAAACCAACGGUUCAAGUUAUGAGGUGAAAGAUGUAGACAUAAAUCCAACUACUACCGAAAUAGAAACCGAUAAAACCCUAAAGUUACACCCACGUGAAAAGAAACUAAUCGAUUUUAAAGAUAAGCUAUACCUUGCACCUUUAACGACAGUUGGGAACCUUCCUUUCCGAAGGGUUUGCAAAGCAUUAGGUGCUGACAUCACAUGUGGCGAAAUGGCAAUGUGCACAAAUCUUCUACAGGGUCAGGCUGCUGAGUGGGCCCUAUUAAGGCGCCACGUGUCAGAAGAUAUAUUUGGAGUACAAAUAUGUGGGGCCUAUCCUGAUACUGUUGCUCGAGCUUGUGAACUAAUUGAACAGGAAUGUACAGUUGAUUUCAUUGAUAUUAAUAUGGGAUGUCCAAUCGAUCUUGUGGUUAAUAAAGGUGCUGGAUCAGCUCUCCUUUCAAAACCAAUGCGUAUGAAAAAUGUGAUUCAAGCAGCUUCUUCCACAGUCGACAUUCCAAUAACUAUAAAGGCACGAACAAGUUACUAUGAGGGAAGAAGCCGGAUCGAUUCUGUAAUAGCUAAUAUUGCCGAAUGGGGAGCGAGUGCAGUUACUAUACACGGUAGGUCCCGCCAGCAGCGUUACACAAAGCAACCCGAUUGGGAAUAUGUUUACCAAUGUACGAAAAAGGCCCCUCAAUCUUUGCAAGUUCUCGGAAACGGCGACAUAUUUUCGUUUUCUGACUGGAAGACUCACAAAUCCGAUUGCCCUCAGCUUUCCUCUUGCAUGAUUGCCCGUGGCGCUUUAGUUAAGCCGUGGCUUUUCACUGAAAUUAAAGAGCAGCGUGACUGGGACAUAAGUUCGGGUGAACGGUUGGAUAUUUUUAAAGAUUAUGUUCGUUUUGGACUCCAACACUGGGGUUCCGAUACUAAAGGUGUGGAGACAACGAGGCACUUCUUACUAGAAUGGCUUAGUUACACAUACAGAUAUGUUCCAUUUGGUUUGUUGGAAGUGAUUCCUCAGAAGCUUAACUGGCGUCCACCUGCUUAUUUUGGGCGUGAUGAUCUGGAGACAUUAAUGGCUUCUGAAUCUGCAGCCGAUUGGAUUAAAAUCUCGGAGAUGUUGCUUGGUAAGGUUCCGGAUGGGUUUGUGUUUUCACCGAAACACAAAUCAAACGCUUUUGAUAAAGCUGAAAAUGGCUGAUUUUGGUUUUUUAUAGUUGGAAAUAACUAGUCACAAUUUUGAGGAAAUGCAAAAGUGACUAUUAUUGUUAUCAUUAUUAUCGAAAUUGGUCCAAUUGCAUGUUCAGUUGAGAGUUACUUUACUAACAUGUUUUUUUGUGAGAGAGCGGAAAAGCUACUUCAAAACUAUGGAAAUUUCAACCUUGUUUA